AUAAGUGGGAGGAGCGCGUCCGCCCACAAAAGCCACAGCUUUCUCUCUGUAUCUUUGCUAAAUCAAUUCUCCAAGAAAUAAAGAAUUCACACCAAAUACAGAUCCGGGUAGCGGUUAUUUUUGCAUGAAGAACGGCGACAAGGUGCACUCCGGGCGGCGAGAGGAAACCCUCGCGACGAGGAGAGGAGCCGAGAGGGUGUUGGCCUGGUGCUUAAAUGGCAGUGGGUGGGCCUCUGCCAUCACACAACGCCAACUUCGCCUUGGACAUAAUUCUCCCAAAGCCUCAUUUAUUAGUUUCUGGACCAUUCAUGCGUUCUCCGAGAAGAGGAAUAUUCGCUGGGCUGUGAAGGGGGUAGGGGAGCGAGGACGGGACUUUUCUCCGUUAUUCGCCGUUACACCGUCUUCCUUGGUACCGCCCUUCCUGGCGGGUGGGUGGUUUCGUCAAACGGGAAGAUACGCCACAACCCAGCGCCAACCAUUCGCGGAAGAAAUAGAGGCCGUCCUCCGUUUCUGCCGCCUGCCUCCGUCACUAUCCCCGUCCGGCCUUCUGUCUUGAAGUACACCUCUCCCUCGGUAUAUUAAUGCGUUAUGAGCGACUUGAAGAAGGAAACAUCGGGAACAGACGGAGUGAAAGCAUCUAAAAAGGGCAAAAGUUCUGGAUCCCAGGAGUCUUCGCAGCCCUCUCCGCUGGCUCUGCUCGCGGCCACCUGCAGUAAGAUCGGAGGCCAGGGGGGAGUGGAGGGCGCCCAGCAGCAGGUCCAGCCGGUCCAGCAACAGAUCCCCCUGCAGUCGGCCCAGCUCCAAGGGGGACAGUUUGUGUUGGACGCGUCCGGGGCCCAGGCCCUGCUGCCCCAGCAGCUGGAGCUGGUGCCCGCCCAGUUCACGGGCAACGGCUGGCAGAUCAUCACCACUGCGCCCGCCAUGGCCAAGGAGAACGCCCACCAGCCGGUUGCGGUUACGCUGGCCACCACCAUGCCGUGCGAGAGCUCUCCCGGCGGGCGCAAGAUGAAGGCGAUAGGCGGGACUAACAGCGUGGCAGCCAAUCAGCAGCAACAAUUCCAAAUCAUCCAAGUCCAGAACAUGCCCAGCGCAGGGGGCGGCGUCCAGUACCAGGUCAUCCCCCAACUGCAGACCGCCGACGGCCAGCAGAUCCACAUCAGCCCCGCGCAGACGGCCUCCAUCACCGGACUCCCGGAGCAGAUGCAGCUCAUCCAGACGCAGAGCCAGGGCCAGACCAUCCUGCAGCCGGCCAACCAGCAGACCAUCCUCACCAGCUCAGCCAACCAGGGGGUCCCGCUGCAGAUACGGCCCGCCCAGUCCUUCCCCAUCCAGCUGCAGGCCCUGUCGGGUUCCCAGGCUCCGAUGAUGACAGUACCCAUCAACCUCGGGGGCAUGACCCUAGCGUUGCCUGUUAUUAACAAUGUGGGAGCGGGCGGGGCCGUGCAGCUCAUUCAAUCCGCAGACGGAACUUUUUCGUUCGCCAAUGGCAACCAGCUAGUCACCACGACAACUGUAUCCGGGACAGGUACAACCGGUACCAUAACAACGGUUGCCGGCAGUGAUGGGAUGUCAGACGGGGGCCAGGUGGUGUGCGCCGGGUUGGACGGUGGAGGAGCAGAAGCACAGGGUCAGAACAGCGACAUGGACUCUCCGAGCCUGGCCAACGGGCUGCAGAACCAACCCGACAUGAGCGGCACCAUCCAGCAGGUGAUCCUGGGCCAGAUGGGCCACCAGGUGCUGCAGCAGAUCCAGCUGCAGCCCCAGGGCCAGGCCUCCGGCCAGCAGCCCCAGCACAUCCAGACUCUGCAGCUGGCCCCCGGGCAGACCCUCCAGCCCAUCCAGGCCUUCCAGAACCCGGCCCAGGUGCUCAUCCGGGCCCCCACCAUGGCGUCCAACGGACAGAUCACGUGGCAGACCCUGCAGCUCCCCGGGGGGAUGUCCCUGCAGGGGGGCCUGGGGGCCACGUUGCAGCAGCAGCUGACACUUGCCCCUGUGGGGGGCGGGGCUGGCCUGGGGGGCGGAGGGCUGGUGUCCUUGGGCGGGGGUCCUCUCACGCUUAGCGCGGCCCAGAUCAACCCAGGGUCCGGGGUGCAGACGGUCAGCAUCGCCGGGCUGGGCGGCGCGGGGGUCCAGAUGCAGGGUGUGCCCCUCACCAUCACCAGCCUGCAGGGUCAACCCCAGGGUCAAGAGGGGGUCAAAGUUCAGUCGCCGCCGGUGACGGUCACCUUGGGCAACGUGGCAUCUGGCUCCUCCAUGAGUCCAGACCAGCUGGUCCAGAACUCGUCGGACCAGGAGGGCCCGCCGAGCAAGAGGCUGCGACGCGUCGCCUGCUCCUGUCCCAACUGCCGCGAUGGCGAGGGGAGGAACAGCGGGGACCCCUCCAAAAAGAAGCAGCACGUGUGCCAUAUGGAGGGCUGUGGGAAGGUGUACGGCAAGACGUCCCACCUGCGGGCCCACCUGCGCUGGCACACCGGCGAGCGGCCCUUCGUCUGCAACUGGAUCUUCUGCGGGAAGCGCUUCACCCGAAGCGACGAGCUGCAGCGGCACCGCAGGACACAUACGGGCGAGAAGCGCUUCGAGUGCCCCGAGUGCUCCAAGCGCUUCAUGCGCAGUGACCACCUGUCCAAGCACAUCAAGACCCACCAGAACAAGAAAGCGGGCGCGUCGGUGGCCAUCAUCACCACCGAGGACAUGGAGGAGGAGGACGAGGAGGCCGGCGGUGGCGAGGGCCCUGGCAGCCCGCCGCGCAUCGUCACCGUGGCAACGCUUACUCAGGACUCGGACCCGGCAACGCCCAGUGCAUCCAAUCACCAGGCAGAAGACGAGGAGGAGGAAGAGGAGGAAUUUGAAUAGACAUGAAGGCCCGCCCAGCCUGCCCAGAGGUCUGUGUGUUGUCGCUUGUGGUCCCGUGAGUCAGCCCAGAGGGGUUUUGCAAAAAAUUUGUAUAUUUUUACUGAAAAAUACUCAAAAAGAGACAAAGAACGUGAAUGAUGAAAAAAAAAAAAAAAAAAAAAAGACCCCAUAACAAUAAUAAUAGCAACUAAACUAAAUCUAGCGAGUAUAAUGGAAUGAGAUUGAGUUUGAGAUUUGUGAAGUAAUGAAUUGCAUAAGACUUCAUUAUAUGGUGGAGCAAUGGGUAUAACCCAAAACUAGCACAACCCAAAAUGGAGACCCCCCCCCCCCCCCCCCAGAUUCUACGUGACACCAAUAUGAAAAGACAUCAUUUUUUGUUUGAUUUUUACGAUGAACAGAAUCUAUCUCUAUGCACACUGUGGGGUCUCUGCUUGGUACCAUUUGGACUUAAACGAGGGUCAAUCAGUCUUGGGACGUCCUGUGUGCACUUCCCAUAUGCAAAAGGUCUGUAGAAUAUAUACAAGUUCUAAAAAUAUAUAGAUAUAUAUCUAUAUAUAGAUAUGGGUAUGUGUGUGUGUGGUAGAGAUAUUAAUUGAUUUUUGUUAUUUUAUUUAAAUUUUAUUUCCAUUGGACAUUUCAAUUUCCGAUUGUAUGCAGUUUUCAUUGAGUUCAUUAUUCUCAUUAAUAAUGACUGUUUUAGUUGUUCAGUAGGAUUUUAACUUACAAUGUUCUAACAAUGUUCUUUCUUACAAAGAAAUGUACAUACCUUUUGCACAUGGGAUGUCAGAAAAAUGUCAGAGAGUGGAUGGACGUGUGUGUUAAGUGUGUGUUUUCCAAGUCCCGUGCAGUCAGAGAGGAUCAGACAUAACAUGGGAAAAGGUUUCAGUCACUCUGAGUUUGAUCCUCUGGUUCCGUUCAGGUAUUGAUGUUUCCAUAGAGACCAGUCAACUGAUAAAUUGUUAUUCAAGCAAAGAAAUCAGAAGAGGGCAUAGGUCUAAAAAAAAAAAAAAAUGUCUAGCGAUGAAAAAAGCACAUAUUAAAAGAUAAGAUUUAUAAAAUAAUAAUGCAUUCCUAUGAAGGCCUGCUGCUUGGCCGUUCAAUGAAAAUGUUUCUAUACAGAAGAGAAAAACAAUCUAGCUUUCUACAACUUGGUUUGUGUAGUGAAGGCAAUACUAUUAACGACAAUCCUAACGAAAUUAUGUUUACAUUGCCUAGGGUGGGGGGGUAUGCUUUUUUUUUUUUUUCUGAUUACAGAACAAGUCCACCCACCCAGGCGAACACGCAGUGUGUGACAGCAUUGCUGUCGUUUUGUGUGGGUGGGUUUGGGUUGGGACUUUAAACACCUGAGCCUUUUUUUGGUGGGUUUUGAACAGAGGUAGAAUGUCUAUACAGCUGUACAUUCGCAAAGAGUUUAUGCAAGUGGGUUUUUACGUGAGAGAUGAUAGCUGCAUAGCGUUUGGUAGGUAACGAAUAAUGGUUUCCAUUCCGAUUUCACCUCUGCGAAAAAAAAGGGUUAUUUUAGUGUGUGUGUGUGUGUGUGUGUGUGUUGUUGUGUGUGUGCACGCACGCACACGCUCCCUCUCUGCUUGCACCUUCGGCCACUUGUGUGACUAAAGUACGACAAUGCCUUAACACAAGCUGUAUUACUGCGGAAAGUGGACUUUGAGGUUGUUUGCAAACAUCUAGGGAGACCUUGGUUGUGUGUGUGUGUGUGGUUGUGUGUGUGUGUGUGUGUGCGCGUGUGCAAGACAGCGAACGAUGAUGAAAUGGCACAAUGGUGGUAUGUUAUGUUCAGUAGUCUCCGAGGCUGUCAGACACACAUGUAGCCCCAGCUGAGCAACACUCAGGGUAAGGGAACACACCCACCUGGGGCUUCUACUUGGUGCUGUGGGGUUCUGCCUCUGAAGAGCGAUUGGAGCAGAGGAAGGAGGAGAACCUGGGGAAAGAAAGGCAGAUGGAUGGAGACAUGUCUGGGGGAUGGGGGAGGGGCUUGUUCCUGUUUAGCGACUUGGAUGUUAUGAUGCGUUUUUUCUGGUGAUGUUGCUCCAUGUUAGUUCCGUGCGUGACAAAUUUUUGAUUAAGAUAAUCGUAUUUAUUUAAUUUUAUUUCCUCCCCUUUCAGCACCUCCCCAAAAAAGAAUUAAAAAAACCCAUCUGCUACUUUAUGAACAGAGCCCAGAAUAUGUUUCUUAUUAUUGUUCUUUGGUUGGUAUCUUUGCCUUUUUGCUGGAGUUGUAUUUGUGCUCGUUGGAUCUAAGGUGUGUGUACGGCAUGUUUCAGUUGGUUGUUCAUUUGUUUUGAUUUUUGCGGUAGUGCUGCUUUUCUUUUUUUAAAUAACGACUGACCAUUUAUUCUUCUCUGUGCGUCAUGUGUUUUUUGAGAUAUAAAUAAGAACGCAAAAAAUAUUGUUUAAAAAAAGUAGACGUCUUUUUCGUAAUAUUUAGUGUUGACUUUUGUUUCAUUUAUUUUUUUGUUUGUUUCUAUUUUAUAGUGACAUCUCAUUUGUAAAUCUUUUUCUAAAAUGUUUAUCUCCAUGACAUUUGAUAAUGGUUUUUUGCCAGAUUAGCCUUAAAGGCUUUGGUUUAUUGAUAUUUUUAAAAAUCAGUUUGUACAGAUGUGUUUGUCAAUGAAUAAAAACAGAUACAAGUCAGAAAAUAGAAAAAAAACGUUGCCUGCAUAACACUUGACAAUAAAGUGACUAAAACUGCCCUUUCUGUAUUAU